UUCUGAGUUAAUGAACAAAUAUCCAAUUCUAAGUGAAUUUGAAGUUAAAUUUCCAAUUCCAAGUGAAUCGGAAAAAAAAGUUCGCAUAAAAGGGCCACAUAAAAAACCACAAAUAAAAGGACCACCCGGAAAAGGCGAAAAUAUGAAUGAAGUAACGAUCAAUUUACCAAGUUUGGUCGACUUAGCGUUGGGACAUCCCGAGGUGGGUGCUGUUAAUUUUAAUAUUAUGCAAUGUAUAAUGCAUGCCAUGUUGAAAGAAACAGGAUUACAAAAUACAGAACUUGAAUUUCAUGGCGAAGAUGCAACCCGUAUUAAAUUGUUGGAAAAAAUUCAUCCAGUACAAUCACAGUAUAUUUUAUCUGAUUAUGAAAUUUCUGAAAAAGAAAAAAAUGAUCAACCAAAAAAACGUAAAAUUAGUGUUCAACCAGUACAAAAGUUGGAUGAUUUGGAAGACAAAGUUAAUAAGAUAAAUGAUACAUUAUAUCAAUUGCUUAAAAUGCCCACUGAUGAAACAGUUAUUAAUGCUGUGCAGAGUAUGGGAACAGGUGGUACUGGCGUUACUGGAAGCGAAAGCGAACGAACUUCACGCAUAGCCAACGAAAGUGGGAUAUUACCAACACCUACAAAUUUGUGGCAUUUAUUAACAGUUGAAAAAAGAGUGGAAGCUGCCGAAGAAGGAAUUGAUAAACUAACAAGUUUAAUUGAAACACUCGUAACGCAAAAUAGUUGUGGCAGAAGUGCUAUAUUAAAUGAAAAAGAGAUGGAUCAAUAUAAGGAAAAAAUAUCUAAAGCCACUUUAAAGGACAUUCAAACGACAUGCCAAUUAGAUAACCACGACCAAAUGUUCAACAACAUCGCCGAGCAUUUAAACGCCUUAACUGAACGAAUUAUGCAUCUAGAAACUAGAUAUGUAGAAGUAGUGGGAUAUGACCCAUCUAAUGCAGCUUCAGGGGCCAGUGGCAGUGUAUCUACGGAUGCCUUGGAUACUCAUUCGUCCGCCGCAACUAAAAGUCAAGAUACUAAUAAAUACCUGAAUUUAGACGAUGACUCUGAUCAAAUGGAAGAAAUGGUAGAAAGAGAAUUAUUACCCAUAGACACAAAAUCUGGAGGUACGGAGAAAAAGGGGACUAAUAAAAGGAGUCUCACAGAAAUAACUUUGGAGGAAUUAUUGGGAAGGAAAGGUUCAUUAAUUAACGCAUUAACUGAAAUUGAUUAUUUAAAAAACGAGUUCAACAAAAUUAAAAGCCAAAUGUCAGAAGUAAUUGUGCAAGUAGGAGAAAAACAAGAAAAAGUUGAUACACAAGAUGCUUUGGAAUCAAUUUGUAAAAAAAUUGAACCGUGUUUGGAAAAGGUCCGCGAACAAAUUACACAACUUGAUAGCAUGUUUCAUAAUCAAGUAGAUGAGAUACAACAUCAAAUAGCAAAUAUAGAACUUGAAUUAGGAGUCAUACUUGAAAAAGUUAAUUCUGUUGGCGGAAGUGGGGGAGAACCUGGAGAUGCAGGAGGCUUUACUGAUGUUUAUAAUAAACUGGCUAGAAUUCAAAAUGAGUUAGCACAAAUUACAUCUCUUACAAGUAACCUUCAAGAAGAUAAAGAUGAGAAAGAAGCCAAAAUAGAAGCAUUAAUGGAAUCCAUUGACUUUUUGAAAUCGAUUAAAGCUGAUAAAGAAGAAAUUGAAGAUGCACUAGCUAACAAAGCAGAUCAACAACAUGUGAAUCGCAAAGUAUCGCAUGAUCAAUUCGAUGCAGCGUGUGACGAUUUAAGUCGCAACUUAGAAGAUGCUUUAUUAAAACUUACACAGCAAGAAGAAUUUUGGAAUGAGACCUUAGAAGCAAUUCAAAAUGAAAUUGAAAAUAAAUUAGAUAGAACUGAUAUUCAACCGUUGCACGAUUUUGUUACUGAGUACCCUGUGCUCAAAUCAUUCAUUGCUGGUUCAUUCUCUGGAACUUUCUCUACAAUCCUAUUCCAACCUUUGGAUUUAGUUAAAACUCGUUUACAAAAUCCAGUAGCAAACUCAAUUGGCCGGCCAGGAAAUGCAGGAAUGGUUACAAUUUUCGCACAUAUACUACAAAGAGAACAUCUUUGGGGAUUAUGGAGAGGCAUGACUCCGUCUAUCACCCGAUGUGUUCCCGGAGUUGGUCUUUAUUUCUCAUCACUAGAUUGGUUAAAAACUAAUUUUACAAAUGGUAACCCUAACGCACUUGAAUCUGUUGCUUUGGGUAUGGUAGCACGCAGUAUGAGCGGUGUAAUUUUAAUACCAAUCACUGUUAUUAAAACCAGAUACGAAUCUGGAAUUUAUCAAUACACCUCCAUGGGUGAUGCUUUACGUAAUAUAUACCGUACUGAAGGUAUUCGAGGCUUAACUAGCGGUUUGGGUCCAACUUUAUUGAGAGACGCCCCAUUCUCUGGUUUAUAUUUAAUGUUUUAUAACAAAAAUAAAAAGAUGGUACCACAAGAAUGGUUAAAUACACCAUACGCAGCUCCUAUUCAUUUUUCUUGUGGAGUAUCAGCUGGCAUUUGGGCCUCAUUCGUCACACAACCAUUUGAUGUAAUUAAAACAAAAAUGCAACUUUAUCCACAUAAAUAUACAAACGUUUUAUCCACCGUCGUUCAAAUUCAUAGUAAAUAUGGAGUCCAAGGAUACUUUAAAGGUAUUGUGCCCCGAAUGUUACGUCGAACAUUAAUGGCGGCACUUGCGUGGACUCUGUAUGAACAAUUGAGUCGCACGAUUGGUUUAAAAUGAUACCGUAAUCUUAUUUUAUUUUAAGUUCAUAUGACAUGAUGUCGUUUUUGUUUAAACAGCAAAAAAAUUCUAACAAUCUUUUUGAAGAUUAUUUGAAUUUAAAAAAAAGUUUCAUGUGUGUACGAAGCUGAUUAAUUCACAAGUAAGAGUUAUGUAAAUGUAUAGAUUUUUAUAAUCGUUUUUGUUUUGGGGUCAAUAAGAAGUUAUCUGUUUUUAUUCAAAUUAAUAUG